CAGACUUAAAUAACCAAAGCAUGUCAUUGCUAUAACGGCGAUAUGCCAUUGUUGGUACAAGGCCCCACACCUUUACCCAGCAAAUAUCUAAAAAAGGCACAUGUGUUGUUGCAAAAAGCGUUCUGCUGCAGCAGCUACCAAGCGAAACUGGCGCGUGUAGCGGGCAACCCUUUUAUGCCGUGGCAGGUGUAAUCUAGCAAACCAAGAACACCCGCGCAACUCCGCCUGGUCCAAAACAACAGCAGCCGGUCAUAGCAACCCACUCCAUCGGCUCGAGUUCCCAGAGAGUCGGCACACUUCAUUGAUUAGCCGAUGAUCGAUUCCAGGAUCUAAGACACUGCCUCAUCAUGAGCACAGGACCAAGGGCACAAGCUGCCUUUAUCCAAGGAAACCAGAGCACGGCGGAACAAGAUGCCUCGCACCCUGCACUCUUCUACCUUUUCCAAGAAGUUUCCAGGCUAACAUCUCCUGCCCACAGCAGUUUCCUGGAAACAAACUCGCCCUCCAAGUGGCUUAAUGAGAAAUCUAGGCAGGAUAAUUUCAUUGUUAGAAAGGAGGAAGACGAUGAAUGUUUAUUUCAAACCUUUAAUUGUUCCCGCCAUCACGGUUUGUCUGGUAUGUUGAAUUAUAAUCAGGUGAACAAAGUGAAGGGGGAAAGCCACAGCAGCAAGGUUAAAACUUUGGUUGAGCCACAUCACGAAUGUAACAGCCCCUGGAAAGUGCUGAGUCUGAUCAACCUGCAGUGUGAGAAGCUCCUGCAUCGAAGUGAUGUAGAGGAGUCAGACCCGGGUUCGGUAUCAUCUACCACAAGAUUAGGCCACCCGACAGCCAAGUCAUCGACUGCUGCAGCAGAUGUUACAGAACAGGGAGUUAGAAUUGACAGUGUAAAUGCCGAAUACACUUUAAGGCCAUCUCUUCUUAACUAUAGGAGGCAAGAAAUCCCAGGCUCUGUCAGUCAUGUGGAAGAUGUGAGAGGGCAUUGCAGCGGAGGAGCCUGUAAUUAUAAACCACAGUGCUGCGUGAAAGGCCUCAAGGUGGGCUGUAGUGUUCAACCACAGACCGCUGAAAAAAUAGACACUGUUAUAACAGAGCUGGUGGAGGAAAAUGCAACAGCAUCUUCUCAACCUCAACACAGGGACAAAAGGGAGGUCAGGUUAACUGUUAACAGGCAAUUGGAGUGGAAGAAUGAGUGUUUCUCUACUGAACCGGAUUUUUUUAAUGUACCCUUCUCUGAAAAUGCCUUGUCACAAGCUGAUAUCCCCAAUGAUUCCCUUAAUACCCAGCUGACUUCUAAAUCCAAUGAAGAUACAAGUUUAGCUCUGUCAAAGACGGCACUAUCACUAGACUACAAUGCAAACAUUGCUUUGACUACAGAGCCCCCAUGUGACACCCAGCUGCCACCUCCGAGCGCCAUCCUGGCGUCUUCACCAUCAGCAUCUCUCUUCUUUAGGUGUCACUCACACCUAAAAAAAGAUAACAACGUCACAGGAUCUAAACCAGGAUGUUUACAUGCUCCCGUAGAGGAAAAAUCACCCCCAGUCGAACAACUGAAAUCCUCAAGCUAUAAUGUGCCCUCUGCGACGUUAAAAGCAGAACCCAGGCCAGUGGAAAGGGAGGAAAUUGCUCCUCCGCCUUCCAAGCAGUGGAGAACCAAGACUCCAAGAAAACAGCCUCAUCCCAGGCGGAGUGUUGACAUCCAAGACUCAGACAUCCAGGGAGUGACGUUCAGGAUGGGCACAGAGCUGGACGACAGCAGGGAAGAGUGUCGGCUCCUCAUAACUUCAAAGUACAGCAAGGAGCUCUGCAGGAGUGAAAGAAAGCCGAGGCUGAGGACACGAACAUCCCAGAAAUCCCUUAAAACUUGCAGCUCCGAUGAGGAGAGUGACCCGACAGCCACUGUUUCCAAGGGUAAAGUUUGUGCAUCAUGCUGCACAAGUAGGACCCCCAUGUGGAGAGAUGCAGAGGAUGGGACCCCACUCUGUAAUGCUUGUGGGAUAAGGUAUAAGAAGUACAGAGUGCGCUGUGUCAACUGCUGGCAUAUCCCUAGGAAAGAGGGCAACUCCAACUCAUGCUGCCUCAAGUGUGGAAACUUGGUGAAGCUGACCUCAGCUCAGCGGAAACACACCACCUAGGGAACAUACACGGAGCAAAGGUUUUUAUGUUCACAUGUGACAGAGUUGUGCACACACACUUGCACACAACAGUUCAAGACUAUAUACUCUCUGCCCCUGUAGGUCUUAGUCCUCCACAAUUCGCUACAGAUUUGAAUGCUAAAAUGAAGGACCAGCUCCAGCCUCUUGUAUUUUACUUGACUCAGGGUAUUUAAAUAAGUUUUCCUGCUACAAUGUUGCACCUCAGGCUCAGAAGUCAUUUGCUUCAGCCCUAUGGUUGCUCUCAAGGUGCUUUGUACAUCAUGGGAAAACAUUAACAGGUAAAAAAACAAAAAAAAGAAAAUGUAAAACUAAAAUCCUCUGAAAUUCUGUGCUCAACACCUAAAAAUGGAGGACGUCUAAAAAUGAUCUGUACUUCAGCCUUUAGUGCACUGACCCUAUUUGUGCAACCUAACCUGCAUGUAGCAUGUGUGACAGAGCUUAUACAGUCGAGGGGUUUGUUUUUCGUCUAUUUACAAAAAGACGGAUACACUGAGCACAUGGCACAGACAGAGUUUGUAGCAGAGCUGAGAAUAAUUUGGGACAAAUAAAUGGGAAAUACUGUAGUGCUACUAUAAGAGCUAGACACAUGCAGUGGAAAGUUGAGUCAUAAUUGUUGACAGUUUUCAUCUAAAUAGCUUCAGUGUCGCCUGUGUUUAAUGGCCAGCAGUGCCCGACAGCUGCAAUAGAAAGUUAUUUCUGUUCAGGACCAAAAACUGCAACCUGAGCUCGGUGCUGUGUUCACUCUUAUUAACUGCAGAACAAUUUACUUCUCUUGACCGUGACAGCGAGGCUGUGCCCAGUUCAGCAGACAUACGUAGUUACACAAGUUAAAUUAAGUUAUUUAUUUUUGUUGUCUUCAUCAUCCUUUCUAAUUGUGUUGUUGGUGUUUUGGGGGGUUGUGUUUUUCUUGGUGUUUAUUUGGGUUGUUGUUUGUUAAUUGCUGCACCGAUUUCCUUAGCAUUGCUGUUUUCUGAAGGGGAAAAAAAAAAAAAAAAGCAUUUUGUGUGAGCUUGCAUGGUCUGUAUUAAAGUCAGUAUGAAACAUC